AUUUGUUAUUAUUAAACUAUCAAUUUUCUUUUUACAAGAAAGCAAAAAUUAAAGAAACUUAACUGUCAUACAAAUCAUUUUAUGAUAUAUUUUUAUACCGAAUUAGAUCCGUUUUGCGUUAUAUUGACAAAGUUAUUAUGACUAAAUUGCAAAGAAAAUGAUACAAAUAUAUAUUAAUUGUGAUGUGAUAAUUUAACUAAAGAAGUAUUUUAACUAAGAAAAUAAAACUGAAAGUAGAGCAAAUGACAAGUUCAGUAGAUAAGACAAGAUACCGACGCAGACUUGCUGCGAUUUCAUUUUUAUCAAAUAUAUCGUUAGAUGGUGCAAACCGGGAUAAACAUAUUGGAUCAAAUAAUUGUGCAUUGCGUAAUGGAGCUACUUCUGCCCAUGUUGAAUUCUGCACGCUGGAUGCUCCGAAAUUCAAACCCUCUGAAAGUCCCACUGGUGAUAAAAAAAUUAAUGAUACUAAAAAUAUGGUAAUAGAAUUAAUAGCUCUCCAACCGGAUUCAGAAAAAAAAAGGGCAAAAAUGUUUUUUGGCAAGAGCUCUGAUAGAUUAUCCGAAAGCAGUGAUUCGGAUAGUUUCAAAAUGUCAACAAAAAUGCCAUCAUCAGCACCAUAUCGAGAAAGAACAUUCAGCUGCGGAACGGGGGAUACAAGUUUUCAUAUUGAAAGGAGAGCACGUUUAAAUACUGCCCCACAAAGAUGCAGCAUACCGAGUAACGGAAACAGGCGUCCUUUUACCAAUUGUUCCAAUAUAAGUCAGGCUACUGAUGAUAGCAGUACUGAGAGCCUGACUCCUGGUGGCCGUGUAAAUAGUGUAAAAAUAACAUACACAAACGAUUUAAAAUUUUUGAAGACAUCAACUCAUCACAAGCAUUCGUUUAAAGAUGGGCGGAUUAUAAUCGUAUCUCGUAAAGUACCAUUUUUUAUAUUUUCAGCCUUACCUUACCACAGAGAAAAAAAUGGAAGGAUUGAGAUGCGAAAAGAAGGGCGACGUAAUAAUACAACUUCAUCGAGACCUUUAUCUGCUAUAAACGACGUACCAUUUGAUCCAUUUGAUCUUUUAGGGAUUGAAAAGGGUGAAAACGGACAAGAAGUAUCAUAUGGACAUCUUUUGGUUCCUUCACGACAGUAUAACAAAGAAAAUAAAAAAAAUUCAACUAAUUUAACUUCUGCAUCCAUUGAAAACAGUGUAGAAAUUACAAACACUCAUGCCCUCAAGAAUCAUGGAAUCGCAAGAUGCUAUACUUUUGAAAAUCACAUAAACAACCGAAAUGUCGCAACAAGCCCGACGCCAGAUGUUAAAUUUUAUGAUAUGGAUGAUACUUUAGAAACAUCACGUGUUUUUCAGCUUCAAAACUAUUCAGCAAAUAUUCUAGACGAUCCUGAGCUCAUUGCUGGAAAACAUCGUACUUUGCUUACUUUUACUUCGUAUAUGACGUCUGUCAUCGAUUACGUACGACCAUCGGAUUUGAAAAAGGAACUGAACGAUAAAUUCAAAGAAAAAUUUCCUCAUAUCCAGUUAACAUUAAGUAAACUAAGAAGUAUCAAGCGAGAAAUGCGUAGGAUCAACAAAUUGGAUACUAGAAUUGACCUUGUGACUAUAUCACAAGCGUAUGUUUACUUCGAAAAAUUAAUUCUUUCAAACCUUAUUAACAAAAAUAAUCGGAAACUCUCUGCUGGUGCGUGUUUGCUUUUAAGCGCUAAAAUGAAUGAUGUUAAGGGUGAAUUACUUAGAAGCCUGAUAGAGAAAACGGAAAACGUUUUUCGAUUAAGUCAUAAAGAACUUAUUGCGUCAGAGUUUGCGGUCCUUGUUGCUCUUGAGUUUAGCUUACAUGUUCCCAAUAGUGAGAUUUUGCCGCACUAUCAAAGGCUUCUUUAUGAUUCCUAAAAAUUAACUUAAUGUACAUAUUUUUCUUAAUAAAUAACUUUCAAAUACAAUUUUUAACAAUCAGCGAAAUAAUGAAA